UGAUUUUUAUUCCAUUUUCAUUGUUUAAUGUAAUUUAAGACGUUGUUAAUAAUGUAUUUUAUUUUAUUUCACAAUUGGAUAAAAUAACGUGGUAAGAACACGGUAAUGUUGCAUUAACGUACGUUCAGUCAUUAAAAUGCGCCCUCUAUGUUUGACCGGAGCGUAAACGUGCAUAAAUCGGUACAAGGCACAAACGUGUAAGAUAUCUCCCAAGACCGUGAUACCAUGCCACAGAUAUCCACGGUUAUCCAGUAUAUCCUGUUUAUUAUAACAUUGGUGUAUGGAUAUUGAAUAUUAUCUAAUAUCUUAGUUUGAACACAUUAUUAACCUUAAAAUACCUUCAGUGACUAGAAAGAGACGAUAAAUCUAUGGAAUAGUCUUUCUCGCACAAUAUUCCUGUCCAUUCUUUAUUAUAUUUACGGUGCGAUAUAAUAUCUACGGAUAUAUUUUGGGAACGUAUUAUUAUCAAUAUUAAAAUACAAUACAAUAAUAACAAUUUAUCACAGUUGUAACUUGACGACAUAUCUAUGAUGUCCGUGUGCGCUGCAAACGUUUAAACGAAAAUUGAAAAUUUGCCGUAUUAAAAAUAUCCUGCGUUGAUCCUUGUUUUUGUUCUUUUCCUAUUAGAAAUUCGAAUGGCAGAUGUUACAACUGCUUUUGAUUGAAACAAGAAGGUAGGCGUGAGAUCAGUGUACACAUUUGUUUUUACAAAUUUUACUAUAUGAUCAAAUUGUAUAGGUACCUACCAUAAUUAAAAAUGAACGAAAAACGGCAGACGGAUGAAAUAGCAUUGGAGAAAAAUAACGAUCAGAGUGGUGAACAAUCUGAAAGUUCAACUCUGGAAAAAGAUUAUGAAAAUCCCGAACAAAACAGAUGUACACCUACACUGGAUUACCUGCAGGUACCAUAAAUGGAAAUAUUUUUAUUUAAAAAAAUAUCUAGUAACUUAAUUAUUUUCAUUUCAUUAUUUGAUCAGUCUUGUAUCGAAGAUCUUUUCACGUUUAAUAAGAAUACAUUUGAAAACUGCACUGAAGAAGCACCUUACAAUGAAAAGCUUAGAAAAAAGAUUAAUGAAAUAAUUGCAUUGGUAAAAGAAAAAGAAGGUAGGUAAAAAAUAUUUGGACCUAAAAGCGUUAGCGUUUCUUACUUGAAAAUUUAAAAAUGUGUACACUUGAACCUGAACUGCCUGUGCAAUGUGAACACAAUUAAAAAAAAAAAAACUAGGAAAACUACAUUCUAGGUAUUCAAAUUCCUAUUACAUGACAAAAUUACCAAAACUUAACCUUAUAAGCGUUUUAAACUAAUUUCAAGUUUAUAAGUUAAUAUUAAAAUAUAUUUUUGUUCAAUUUCUUAUGUUUAACAUUUAUAACCUUAUACACUUUCAGCGCUAUUAUUUUUUACAACUAUUAUAGUGUUAUCUUCAUAUUAAGUAUCUUAAUAUUUUACAGAAGCUGCAAUUGCUGAAAACAAAGCUCAGUAUUAUUACCUUUUAGGUAAAACAUGGAGUGUUAGACAUCCGGUGAAUGAUGAAUGUAUAAAUGUGUUAUCCAAAUCGAUCAAACUCAACCCAGCACAUUUACAAGCAUGGAAUUUGCUAGGCGAAUGUUUAGUACAUUUAAAAAGAUUUUCAGAAGCUAAACAUUGUUUCAUUGCAUCAUUGAAACAUGUAAAUAUAUAUUUUUGUAUUUUUUUUAUUGAUUAGCAAGACUGUGAAUAAGCUACAUUUAUUAUUUAUUUCAGGGUAAAAGUAAACUAAUUCUACGCAACUUAUCUAUUAUAAUGCGAGAAGCUCAGUUGCUAACAAAUGAAAACGUUAAGGAGAGUCUUGAAGCUGGCAUUGAAUAUGCAAAAGAAGCUGUCGAAAUGGAUUCUACUGAUGGUGAAUCAUGGGCGAUACUUGGAAAUGCCUAUCUAUCUUUAUUUUUCAAAAAACAAGAUGAUAAACUAUUGAGGCAAUCUAUUAAUUCAUUUGAAAAAGCUGUUAGUUACUAUAUUAUUUUACCUGACAUAACUUUAUAAUAUAAUUGUUUAAUUGUAUAUUUUCAAAUUUAUACUUAGCUUAAAGAUCCUAAUGCUGCUAAAAAUGCUGAUCUCCAUUUUAAUAGAGGCAUUGUAAGUCUAGUACUGUUAUUAUUUAUGAAACAUACAUAUUUGUAUUUUAAUCUAUAAUAUCAUUUAGGCUUUAAAAUAUGCGGAAUUUUAUACAGAUGCUCUGAUAAGCUUUGAAAAAGCCACACAAUUAGAUCCAAUGUGGAACAUAGCUAAAGAUACCUUUGAAGAUCUCAUUAAGUAUUUGACCUCAACACAAACUUUAUUUCAGCGUAAGGGACAGAUGAAAAUUAAACGACUGCAACAAAUGACUCAAGUAUUUUUCAAAUUAUGUUUCAACCAAAUAAGGUAAUAAAUUAAGGCCUAUUUUCGUUUUUUUGUUUAGUCAUUGGACACAAGUUCUUUAGGAUUAUACAGUAAAGCAAUAAAAACAAGGACUGGUCAAGUACUUUUAGAGCCUAUUCCAUUGUCGAAACUUCAAACUGGUUUAAAUUUUUGUAAAGUAAUAUGUGGUCGAGUGGUGUGUGUUGUGUACAGUCAGGAACCUGUUCCAUAGUAAGAACUUAGUAACAAAACCUAUAUGGCAUCUACAAUAUUGUAUAGUUUUCUUUAGAAAAAAAAAACAUUAGUUGUGAAUUGCACUAAAUUAUUUUUAUAAUUUUAUUUCUAUUAGUAUUAAUGAUUUAACCUAGAAACCUAGAGAGCCUAUAAUAUGAGAGUGGUCAUCAGACCUUUUUUCAAUGAAUACAGACAGCACUAUAUGGUUUAAAUUUUUAUCUUAAUAUUGUUAUCAGCAUCAAUUAAAUUCUAGUUAUCGGUAGCUAGAUACAUAACUUGGGCUAUUAAGAGGCGGACCUAAACAUUAUGAAUUAUCAGUUUCCAACUAUUUAAUUUAUUCCCAGUGUUUUAUAAUCAAUUAAGCUUACAGAAGUUAUGUAAAUAUAUUUAAAAAAUAAAAAAAGUAAAUUUUGGUUUAUUAGUUAUGAAGAAGAAUAAUAGUAAAAUUACGCAAAUACCAUAACAUAAAUAAUAUCUAUUUAAAAACUUAGAAUAACAUUAAAAUAUUAAUUCAUAACUUUUUUAGUUACAACUUUAUCAUUGAUGACAGGAAUCUUUAAGAAAUGAUGACAGUGGUGACUAUUCUUUUAUUAUAGACUCUCUAAUUUAAACUAUUUAAAAAUCUUUUAACCGUUACCUGACCAAUAUAUUAUUAUCUUAUCUUAAAAUUAAUAAGGUUAUACAAUAAAAUAUAAUACGUAUGUGUAAAAUCUAAAUUUUUUUAUUAAAAAUAUUUGUAAUUUAUGUUAGUACAUUUUGCAUGGUGGACAAAGAACUUACAUGUAUUGCCGUAUCAGUUUACAACUUGGCUCAGGGUAAAGGACCAAUCAUAGGCGACUCUGUAGCUAUUCCUGAACCGUAUUUGACUCAAAUUGAUGCAAAAUACAAUGAUCAGGUUUACAUACUUAAACAUUUAAUUCAAAAAUAUAUUAUUACAUUGUUUAAAAAUUUUUCCAGAAAUUCCAGUAUCCCAGUUUAAGAGUUAAUCUUCCUUUAACUAUGGCUGUGAACAAGAAGUGUCUGGGUACAGAAUGCGUACGCCAACCACAAUUUUUAUCCAAACAGUUUUAAUUUAUGUUAUUUUUUAUUCACUCCUUCAAACUUAGCAUAUAAAAAUGAGUGAAUUCCUUCCAUUGAAGUAAUUGUGAUAGGAGGAGAACUUCCAUCACUAAUUUCGAGUAAUUGGUUUUUACUUUCUUCUUUCCUAUUUAUAUUUUUGUACGUUCAAAAAGAUUUUAUUUUAAAUAUAAUCGCAGUGAUAAUAUUUUUUUUUCAAUUAAAUUUAUUGAUUCAAGUUUAAUAGUUUUAAGUAAGUUAUGUGAUUCCAUUAUAAUAUUAUUUUUAACUAAAAAUUUGAUCUUGAUAAGUAUUAAUUUUGUUUGUAUAGUAUUUUUUAUAAAUGUUUUUUAAAUUUAAAAACUCGAGAAGUAGUAUAAAUAAUGAUAAUAAUGAUAUAUUAUUUAAUUUAUAUUUAACAGUAAAGUAUACAUUAAAUACAAAUAUUAAUAAUUUAUUCUGGUUAAAAGUUGCUAUAACAUUAUAAUAAUCAUAGUACUUAUUGAUUAAACAAAAAUUUGAAUAAGCAUCUUAUAUGGAUAAAAAUGUCUUAAAACAAUUUUUUUAUUUUUAAACUUAUUGAAAACUAGUCAUUUAAAUAUUCACAAUUACAUUUCAUGACUUAAGUCGUCAAUUUUAAACAGUGUUUUUUCUUAUAAUGGUCAACUAUCACAGACCUUUUUCAUUUUAAAUAUGUUAUUAUAUGAUAAUGUAUUAUUAUUUAUUACUGUUUGACAAAUAAAUUAAUCAUGUUAAUUCAAUUUUAUAUAUAUAUAUAUAUUCAGUUAACACCAAAUAUUAACAGUUGCUUGUUUAAUUUAGUAUUUAUAUAUUAUUUUAAUUAAAUAAAAUAAAUCUAAUUAAAAAUAACGUUACUUAUUCCCAUAUAAAUAUAAUGACGUUUGAAUUGUUUUAACCUAGAAAAGUAAAAAAAAAAUGUAUAAUUUGUAUUGAUAAGCAUUUUUCAACUUAAUAAAUUGUACGUAUAACAUAGUACUAUAUAUUAUGUAAUGAAUUUGGCGUUUUGCAGAAAAAAAAAAAAUGUUACUUUAAUUGUACUAAUAUUUUAAACUGUGAUUAUGUGAUAAUUAAUAGCCAUAAAACUAUAUGUAUAUUUUUACUAAUAUAAUUAUAAGGAAUACAAUUUAUUUCUCAAAUC